GUUCUCAAAUGACCCUUGUGGAAAUUUGAAAUCUAUAUUUGACCUUGGCCCCUGUUCAGAAUGCGUCGGAGACUUCUAUCUGAGUCCCAAGUUGAUAAGGAAUACUUUAACUCCCUGAUUGAACAACAAAAGGUUGAUGACAUCACGAUUGGUGUUUUUUAUCGAUCUCGUACACUGACCGUACUAGUUGUCAUCUGGUUGUGUUUGGCUUACUUCGCUUUUUCAAGGUCCCCUACACAACCACUGCAGUAUAAUUUAUAUCAUGCAUUUAUGGUUGUAUGUGUUAUAUUUUUAUUGAUAUCGGUGAUGAUAAUGCCUAAUGGCCCAUUUAUUCGACCACAUCCAGCCCUAUGGAGGAUGGUUUUUGGUGCUAGUUUACUAUAUUUUUUAUGUUUAGUUGCAGUCGUGUUUCUUCGUCUAGAUGAAGCUCGCUCCAUUUUGAUUUGGGUAUAUCCUGAACUGAAACAUAUGCGUCAUUCUGAUAUUCUUGAUAAAGAGUAUGCCGUUAAUUGUAGUCAGAUAUCUUUUGCUCGAGUUUAUUCUCAUAUGGAUAUCUUUGCAUUGGCACAUUUUCUUGGUUGGCUUAUUAAAGCAACUCUAUUAAGACAUCAUAUUAUUGCGUGGACUUUGUCGAUCAAUUGGGAAAUAACCGAAGUAGCUUUUUCACAUAUUCUACCAAAUUUCAAUGAAUGUUGGUGGGAUAGUCUCAUCUUAGAUAUAUUAGUCUGUAAUGGUUUAGGUAUACAAUGUGGUAUGUGGUUAUGUCGUUGGUUAGAAAUGCGUGAUUAUCAAUGGGAUUCCAUUCGUAAUAUACCAAGUGCACGUGGUAAAUUAAAACGUGCAUUUUUACAAUUCACACCACGCAGUUGGACACAUACACGUUGGUUACAUCCAGAUUCAUCGAUAUUACGAAGUUUUUUACUUAGUCAAUUAAUACUAGUCUGGCAAUUAGCUGAAUUGAAUUCAUUCUUUUUAAAGCAUAUAUUUAUUGUUAAACCAAGUCAUAUUUUAACACAAUUACGUUUACUUUUAAUUACAUGUAUAUCGGCACCAGCUAUAAGACAAUACUACUUAUAUGUCAUUGAUCCACAUAUCAAACGUGUUGGAUCUCAACUAUGGCUUUUUAUUGCAAUAAUUCUUACUGAGUUAUUAGUUUGCUUAAAAUUGGGUAGUGAAAUAUUUGAAAAUACGGUCUUCUGGAAUCUUAUAUACUGGGGUAUAUGGAUGGUAUUCAGUUCCUUUUUAACUGUAUGGAUUGGUCGAUAUUUGGCGAAUGGUCAUUCGUCUAAAAGGUUACCAUCGUUGUCAUCAGAUAAUCAGGAGAAUAUCAAUCAAUCAUCUUGUAUAAAUUCGAAGGAGAAUUCAAAAAAUAAUAAUAAUAAUAAUAAUAACUUAAAUAAUAAAUCACGUCAAGUGACCAUAUCAGAUGAUGUUAUCACAUUUGAUAGAUUAUCACAAACAAGUACAACCCAUUUAUCGUCAUUUUCACCAUCGGUAUUAUCAUCAUCAUCAUCAUCAAUGACCAAUAUUUCUAAUCAUGUUAAAAUUGAAUAAUACUACUUACUAAUUACACAUUAGUAGUAUUAAUACUAAUGUUUAAUUGAUAAUCAGUCGGUGGUACGCCUGCUGAGAGGGGGGGGAGCGGUUAGUUGUAACUAAGAUCGAUUCACUAUUUUAUUUUCUUGAAUUUUUUUUCCAUGAAACUUAGUAUUGAUUGUAUUAGUGUUAUUAUUGUUAUCGGAUGAAAUAUUAAGAACACUGUCAGUAACGAUUAGUGUCACUAUACUGCAUAUGUGUAUGUAUUUGCAUUCUUAUUUUGCUUCUUUCCACUCUAUUUAUUCAAUUUCAUUUGUUAUCUUAUAUUUAAUCGUUUAAAUAUCGCUUGAUAGUGGAAUAGUUAUAUAAAGUGUUCAACUUUUGACUAGUAGAUCACAGGUUCGAACCAUACCGUAAUUUCUUUGGGGAGUGAUUCGAAUAGUUCCAAGUAAAAAGUAACACUAGACCACAUACACACAGUUACGAGUACACAUUUAAUUAAUAGCUGAAAAUCGGGCAAUCAAAUGAAUUUUGUCAUAUUUACGGAAAUUUCAUCAGUUUUACUUUACCAAUUGUCAGUUGCUAACGAGCACACCAUGCUUAUCUUCAAUACUACGUUAGUCUUUGCAACAAGCUGAAUAUAUUUCUAUGUAUUUUUAUACACAUCAAUUAUACAAAUGUCCAUUUUGAAAAUAAAAAAACUGGUCUGCAUAAUUUUAAAUAGAGACAUAUUCAGAAUGUUCGGUUACCUUUCGUCCUUCUCCCCACCUCCCCCUCCUCCUCUUUUUUCGCCUUUCUCCCCGUCCUCCUCAUCAUUUUCUCAGUUAUGCCAACUUUAAUCUCUUUGUCAAAUGUAUAAUUCCAUUUUAUUGUUUGUUUCUUUGUUUUUAAAGAUCUUUUUUUAUUCUUUUUAAAGAAAUUUUAUUCCUCAUCGGAAAAAAAAAACUUCUGUUAUACUCUUGUAUAGUUUAAUGUAUGUUUUAAUAACAUCAACAACAAUUAUGUCCAGUGGCUUCAAUAGUAAACAGAAGUUGAUUCAUUUGUACAAAAUUCAACUGAUUUAUAUUCAAUAAAUCCUUUCAAGUAAUUGACAACCUUAACG